CUGAUCAGAUCCGGCAAAGAGAGCGGGAAAGAAGUGCGACGGAGCAGCUGUAUGAGUGUGCAGCGAGAUCCGUGCUGCUGCUGAUCGGAGUUGAAAACGGAGGGCGUGGCCAGGGAGUGACGUCAGCGCACUCGAACCCGUGAGCGUAUUUAAACGCGCUCACAGCUCAGUGCGCGCGUCAAACGCGUUUACAGGGACGCGCGUGUGGAUCAUGCCUGCCGUGCGCUGACAGAUAUCACUUGUUCUUCGCUUUCCCCUGAUCUGUGUGGAUAUUAACAAGCCUUCACCUGGAUUUCAUCACCUGUGCGGUGCGUUUCGGAGGCAGAAUGCGGCGCGUUUUACCAGACGCGGGAAACUAUUCCAGUUAGUCGGGAUCCUCAUCCCGAUGUCUUCUUCUGACGCGCUGCUGCUGCUGGGUUUCUCUCGUACAGACGCGGCGCGCGGCAGCAUCACAGUCUCGCGCGUCGCGUGGCGUUGCGCGCAGUGAGUUGAGCGGCGCGCGCGUCAGUUUGAGGACACUGGAGAUCUGGACACUUCAGCGCGCGCUUCGUUUGGAUCUAGUGGAUAACAUGUUGUGAAUGGACCGGGAAUCGUCCUAUUUUUGAGGAUAACUCACGGAUUUUAUCUUUUGGAUCUUUAAAUGUUUCCCGGUUUGCUCUGAGAAUUGGGCUUUUCCGAAGCUCUGGUCUGUAUGGACCCCAUUUAAGGGGUUUCGGGAUCCGGAAUGGGGAAAAACUCUGGCAGAAAACGCACAUUUUUUCAGCCCUGCAAUAUUGACAGAAAUCUGUUUGGCAUUAACUGGGCUCCAGCCUACAGAACACAUUUCACGCAGGGCCAUCAUCACAAUAUUUAAUUUUUCGCACUUUUCACAACUUACAACCCUGUCUAAUUAAAUUCUCAACUGUUCAGUUGCUCCAUAUCCAUCAAAUAAACACAUGCAAAACCUCUCCCUUUAGCAUUUGCAUGCAGCGUUUUGUGUUCUUGUGCAGACACUCAUGCGUUUACCUUUGCACUGUUGCAGCUUCCCUCAAAGGAACUGAGUCUAAAAUGAAGUUAUGGGACAUUCUAGCCACGUGUUUGUUGCUCCUGAGCCUCGUUUCCGCACGUCCCGUCUUCCACAACCUGCAUUCAUCCAAAAGAGCCAUCGUCCACAGUGAGAUCCCCGCUCUGGACCCCGUCAUCGACUCCCAGCCUGAAAGCAACAGCCGAAAACAAGCCUCCAUGGAGGAACAAUACGCUGUAAACGGCCUUUACCCGGAGCGGUUCGAGAGCGUGAUGGACUUCAUCGAAGCGACUCUGGGCCGACUGCGCAGAUCUCCUCACACACACGCCGAAUCUCAGCCGAAGCGGGACCGAGGCCGGCAGAGAGGAGCGGCGAACGGCGAGAGGUCGGGGCGGGGUCGCGGAGACAGAAAGAGGGGUCGCGGGCGGAAGGAAAGCCGAGACGACAGGGUCAAAGGUCAAGGGCGGGGCUGCCUCCUGAAAGAGAUCCACCUGAACGUCACGGACCUGGGCUUGGGUUACGCGACCAAAGAAGAGCUGAUCUUCCGUUACUGCAGCGGCCCGUGUCACGACGCCGAGACCAACUACGACAAGAUCCUGAACAACCUCACACACGACCGCAAGCUGGACAAGGACACGCCGUCGCGGACCUGCUGUCGGCCAAUCGCGUUCGACGACGACAUCUCCUUCCUGGACGACAGCUUGGAAUAUCACACACUUAAAAAGCACUCCGCCAAAAAGUGCGCGUGCGUUUGAGCCGAGCCGCUUCCGACUGGGACUCGAGAUAUUCAGUGUUGUUCACUCUGUUACCGAACCACAAGAUGAGCGUUUACACAGUAACUAGCGGCGUUUGGUGGAAUGAGUGUGUGUGUCUUAUCGGUGGAUUAUCAGAGACCACACAACAACAGACUCCACAUCUUUAAUAUCCAGAAAGCUAUCUAUAUAUAUGAUAUAGUAUAUAUGAAAAUGUAUUUAUUGAGAUUUAAUUAAGUUAUUGUUAUUUAUUGCAAUCCAUUGUAUUAGAGUGUUUGUUUCUCUUAUUUAUUUAAGGAGGGUUUUUUUGUUCUCUAUCUUGGAUGGUGCCAAAUUUGAGCAUGUGUGUUUAAAGGAGUCGUUUACAGUUUGUCGUUUAUUUAAACUCAUGUCGUUCCAAACCCAGACACGUCACGGUACGGUCGGUUACAUUAGCCAAAUAUACUUAGAACAUAGUAUUAUAGGGCUAUCAAAUCGAUUAAUCACAUCGAACAUAAAAGUUUGCAUAUACAGUAUAUGUGUGU